UUUGUCCUCCUAAUCCGCAGACGGCGCUAAUUUCAUGACAUCGUGAGGAAAUGCCGUCAAAACGACGAGAUAUUUCGCGCAAUUUUCAACUUGCUUGGACAAAGGUUGUUAGAAGAAUAAAGUGCAAACGGUUCUCCUGUGCAUCAUUAUUUUUAUUACCUUAGAGUAGCCUAAAUAUAAAAUAACUAUUUUUCACAAUGGAUGAUAAAGAGGCGUACUCGCAGAGGCUGAAAGCGGCUGUUCAUUACACGGUCGGCAGGCUUUGUCAAAAUGCAGUCGCAGACUGCGAGAUGGAAGUGAGCAGGCAGGCAAUUGCAGCUAUCGCUGAAACUACAUUCAGGCAAUGUGAUAUAUUUGCUAAGGAGUUGGAAGCCUUUGCCAGGCAUGCAAAACGACACACCGUCACAACAGACGACGUUAAACUUCUUGCAAGAAAGAGCACUGCACUGUCAAACUUCAUCCAGCAAAAGAGUGAAGAACUAGCACUGAACAAUCAAGAAUUGAAGAAGAGGAAGAAGAAUGCUACCAAGAGGAAGAGUAAGGACAUGGAGAAUGAGGCAGAUGAAGGGGCAAGAGGGACAGAGAACUAAAACAAGUGAUUGCAUUGGCCAACAGGCAGAAGGAAAAAAAAACGGAUAUU